AUGCUCGCUUUCCCGGUUCUUGCGCUCGUCACCACGGCUUCAUGUAUUGCUGCGGCUCCUGGCCAACCUAGGAGUUUGAAUGUACUUGCACAAGGUCUAAAGCCAAGUCGUUAUAUCGGGGUCGCAACAGAGUCGUACAACAUUUUGAAUGCUACCACGUUCGGGAGAGAGUACGCCAAAAUUGCUACAUCGGACGAGUUCGGCAUCUAUACCAAUGAAAACACGCUCAAGUGGGAGACUAUUGAGCCUCAACCAGGGGUUUUCAAUUUCACGUCGGGGGAUAAGUUGUUCAGUAUCGCCAAGCAGAAUGGAAAGAAGAUGCGCGGACAUACUUUGGUUUGGCACUCCCAACUUGCCCCAUGGGUCGCUACCAAUAACUAUACCGCGUCUGAGCUGAAGAAGGUCAUGAAGCGCCAUGUUCAAACCGUAGCCAGCCAUUAUCGGGGACAAAUCUAUGCCUGGGAUGUUGUCAACGAAGCAUUUAACGAAGAUGGAACCUUCCGUGAGUCAAUCUGGUACAACACUUUCGGCGAAGACUACAUCGAAUGGGCGUUCCGUUGGGCACAUGAAGCUGAUCCAUACUCGCUCAAGUACAUUAAUGACUACAACUUCGAAUCGAUCACUCCUAAGACAAAUGCUGCCGUGAAACUCGUGAAAAAGCUGAAAGCCAAGGGAGUUCCUAUUCACGGUGUUGGCGUACAAGCGCACCUAAUUGUCGGACAAGUACCUUCAGACUUCAAGCAGACCCUUCAGCGCUUUGCAGAUCUAGGUGUGGACGUAGCCCUGACUGAGCUUGAUAUUCGACUGGAAGUCCCGGCGACGGCAGCGAAGCUGGCGCAACAAGCCACCGACUAUAUCACAUCGGUCAACGCCUGCCUCGGGGUAAAACGCUGCGUAGGUAUCACCAUAUGGCAAUUUACCGAUGCGCUCAGCUGGAUUCCUGGUGUGUUCCCCGCAGAGGGCGACGCUUUACCUUGGGACAAGCAACUCAAGACUAAGCCAGCGUACGAUGCGAUGCGCAAGGCAUUGGGAGCUUAA